AUGUUUGAUGCAGAAAAAACUGGAAUUGGCUGUAAUGUUUUUUACAUAUCGGUUGGAAAUACUACUAUUUUAAGUGCAGGACAGGGUUAUUCUGAUAACGAUACACGAUCAUAUGAUCUAGAAUUGAAAUCAGGAAUUAAAUAUUGUACCCUUUUUGCAUUUGUUCCUGAGAAAGUAUCUCUGAAAAUACAAUACAAUCCUCUUGCAAAUGUGACUAUCUUCGAUGAAUAUGGCCUUCCUGUCGAUUCAAAUGAUAUUCAAACGCCUGUUUUCAUUCGAUCGUCAGUUUCAAGUUCGAAAUCUUCUUCCUUCCAUGGCAUUGCCUAUCUUUAUGCCUCAGUUCAAGUUCUCGAAUAUCCAUAUUUUUAUGGGCUUCUUGAUUCAGAUGAGUCGUUAGGAUAUACUUAUUCAACUGUAGAUUCAUCUAGAUUAACCGUUUUAGCUGUUACCAUAUCAGCUAUUUCCUGUAUAUCAUUAUUAUGCAUAAUAUCAGGAAUUUACUACAUGUUCUUUUAUCGGAGAACAUAUUUUCUCAAUAAGGAGGAUGAUGAAGCACCAGAUAUAGUUGAAAAAGUAUAUUAUGAUGAUAGAAUUUCAAGUGGAGAGCUAGAUUCUG